CAAUGUCGCGAAUUUUGUGCAUAUUCUGAGUGGUGCAUUUUCAGCGUCUUCUGUGAUUUUUGUAAGCAGCUGAAGGCACAGUCGGCGAACAUUUCCGCGACGAAGCAGUUUUCUGCACAUAAAAGCAUUGGAGAUGACUGCAAAUGUGAUGAAAUGCUGCCUGGCUUAUACGACAUCGAAACAGAGAUGUGCACACCUGAAAUUGAAGAUGUCAAAGAUUACAUUCCACCUGAGAUCCAAGCCAACAUCCUCGACAAGAAACCUAUUUCUAUGUUCAUAACUGUAUACCUUAUGGAUCUCGAGCCAAGAAACGAAUCCUACCUUUCGGCUUUUGGUAGAGCCAUUCUCCAAAGGAGAAUGGCUCAAGCACAGUUGCAUGCUUCCUUCUUGGAAUUGAUGUCAAAGUUGCUCUACCUCAAUACAACUAAAUCGAGAGCUUCAUACAUGUCGGCAAAUAUUCAUAUGUGUUCAAUAAGUUUUCGCACAUUGAUGAUUCGGCUGUUGAUCAGCAGUGGUGUUGUAUGUGUAAUCAAGUCUUUCAAUGUGGUCGUUGGUUACUUGUUAGCAAUGUAUUAUGUUCUUGACGAUAUAUUCUAUGUAAUAUAUUAUUAUAGUUACAUAUCUACUGAAAGCAGAAGUCAUAAUAGUUUUUCAUUUAAUCUCUAUCAGUAG